AUCUAACAAUGAUGGUGGACAAUGUGUAAAAAUACGAUUUUAAUGAAUUAAUUCCAAAUAAAGCAAGCCUCUAACUUAAAGGAAUGGCGAAUAAUCGUGUUCUGCAAUGGGCAACUUUUGCAAGGACAUGGUGGAUAUUUGAUGCAAAUCAUCAGUGCCACAUUAAGAGUGCAAAAAGAAUUGCUUUAUAUUUGCAGGGAAAACAUAAACCUAUUUAUCACCCCUUAAGUGACAUUGGAGAUCAUGUAGUUGUUAUUAAUACAGCUGGUAUUUCUAUGAGAAAUGAUUUUUGGAGAAAGUGGAAAUAUAAUCAUCAUACAGGGUAUGCUGGUGGACACUCUGUUACAUCUGCCUGGAGGUUACAUGAGCUUGAUCAAACUAAGGUAGUAGAAAAAAGUGUGUAUGCAACAUUACCUGGUAAUUUAUUACGAAGAAGAAUGAUGAGAAGAUUGCAUUUAUUUACUGAUGAUAAUGUACCAGAUGAUAUUUUACAAAAUGUCACAGAUCAGAUCCGUCAAGUUACUGUGGUACCUAGACUUAUUCAAGAAUAUACACAAGAAGAAUUAGAUGCUAUGCCUAAAUUAUUUGAUUGGCCUGAUGAUUAUGAAAUAGAAUUUAAACGUAGAAAAGAAGAUGAUGAAAUUAAAAAAUAUCUAAAGUGACAUUAAAACUUAGCAAAAUGUGUGUGAAUGAGUAUGGAAUUUGUAAAAAAAAUAAAUAAAUAAAAAACAAAUAAAUUGUU